AUUACUGUGGACUAUUUUUAGAGGUUUUCCUAUUUGCAAGAAGGUAGAGAAACAAAAAAGAAGAAAGAGAAACAAAAAGAGGAACAAGAAAAAUAAAUGGAAGGAAAAGAGAAAGAAGAAGCGAAGAGGAGAAUGAUGAUGAAGAUCAAACUGAAGGAGACAGAUCAAGAGAUAAGCCAAGACGACAUUAAAAGACAAGAAGCUUACAACAUGUCUCCACGUGCACGUGGAGGUGGCGGCGAUGGUGGCUCGGUGGUUAUGAUGGGCAAAUCAUCGAGCGUGAGGCAAAACUGUUUAUGCGCACCAACCACACACCCUGGCUCCUUCAGGUGCCGUUACCACCGUCGUAACGCUGGACUCGGUAUGUCACGUGGCAUCUCUGUUCCGUCUAACCUUUCCAUGUUGGCAGGAGGAGGCUCUAAUUCUACCUCUCCCAAGUCCUAA